AUGUCUACUAAUUCAUCGAACCCUAAUGAGGUUAUGGAGAAAGUCCAAGACUUGAAAAUAGAUGAUUCAAAACCAAAGGUAGAUUCCGAGGAACAACCGGAAGCUGAAAGUGAUGGUGAAAGUGCUACCGAUGGUGCACAGAAGAAGAAGAAGAAGAAGAAGAGUAAGAAGAAGAAGAAGAUCACAGCCAUUGAUAACCUGUAUCCCGAUGGAGUUUUUCCGGAAGGAGAAUGGCAAGAAUAUCCUUUAGACGUGAACAGUUAUCGUACUACUUCCGAAGAAAAGAGGUAUUUAGAUAGGCAGCAAAAUAACCAUUGGCAAGACUUCCGUAAAGGUGCUGAGAUACAUAGAAGGGUCCGUCACAAGGCCCAAUCGAGUAUUAGACCGGGAAUGAAUAUGACUGAGAUUGCAGAUCUUAUUGAGAAUUCUGUCAGAAGCUAUGCGAACAACGACCACACGUUAAAGGCCGGUAUUGGGUUCCCAACCGGGUUAUCGUUGAACCAUGUUGCGGCCCAUUACACCCCGAAUGCUGGGGACAAGACUGUGUUGAACUACGAAGAUGUCAUGAAAGUCGAUAUUGGGGUUCAUGUCAAUGGUCAUAUUGUAGAUUCGGCCUUCACAUUAACGUUUGACGAUAAGUACGACAGCUUAUUGAAGGCGGUCAAGGAGGCCACAAACACCGGGGUCAAAGAAGCCGGAAUUGAUGUCAGGUUGAACGAUAUCGGAGAAGCCAUCCAAGAAGUUAUGGAAUCAUACGAAAUGGAAUUGAACGGUAAGACUUAUCCGAUCAAGUGCAUCCGUAACUUAAACGGCCACAACAUCGGUGACUACUUGAUCCAUUCGGGUAAGACUGUUCCUAUCGUCCCUAAUGGUGACAUGACCAAGAUGGAAGAAGGUGAAACUUUUGCUAUCGAAACUUUUGGAUCCACCGGGAACGGUUACGUCUUGCCACAAGGAGAAUGCUCCCAUUACGCCAAAAACCCGGGCACCGACGACAUCGUGGUCCCUGGUGAUAAGGCUAAGUCAUUAUUGAACGUUAUCAACGAAAACUUCGGCACUUUGCCGUGGUGUCGUAGAUAUUUGGACAGAUUGGGCCAAGACAAAUACUUGUUGGCUUUGAACCAGUUGGUCCGCGCCGGCAUUGUCCAAGAUUACCCUCCCAUCGUCGAUAUCAAGGGCAGUUACACCGCCCAGUUUGAACACACCAUCUUAUUGCACCCUCACAAAAAGGAAGUUGUUUCUCGUGGUGAUGACUACUAA